AUGUUAUUGAUACCGGCCAAGUCAUCAUCGUCAAGCGACUUAUUCUCUUCAAGUAUUUACAGCACUGAAGCGUCAACAUCAUCAAGUGUGGCAAGUUCGCGACAACUAGGACAACAAAUAGACAACCACCUCGAACAACAACAACAACCAGAUUUCGAAAACCCGGUUUGCAGCAAGUGCAAGAACCGAAGACCGAGGCCGCGGUUGAAGAUAGAGUUGAGUUACUCGGAGUUGUCGAAAGCGACAAACGGAUUCUCUCAGAAGAAUUUCUUGUCGGAAGGAGGAUUUGGAGCGGUGUACAAAGGACAACUGAGUAACGGAAUGAGAGUGGCCGUGAAGCAGCACAAGAACACAAGCUUCCAAGGAGACAAGGAGUUUCAGUCGGAGGUUAGUGUUCUUAGAGAAGCAAGACAUGAGAAUGUUUUGAUGCUUUUGGGUUCAUGCUCUGAGGGACAUAACAGGAUUCUUGUUUAUGAAUAUGUCUGCAAUGGAUCCCUUGAUCAACAUCUCUCACAACACUCUCGAUCACCUCUUAGUUGGGAAGAUAGGAUCAAAGUAGCAAUUGGAGUUGCGAAGGGGUUGUUGUAUUUACACUCCAAAAACAUCAUUCACAGAGAUUUGCGACCAAACAAUAUUCUUAUAACACAUGAUCAUCAUCCUCUGAUAGGUGAUUUCGGGUUGGCAAGAACACAAAAUCAAGACUCGAUACACUCGACAGAAUUGGUCGGAACGUUAGGAUAUUUGGCGCCAGAAUAUUUCGAAUGUGGCAAAGUGUCAACCAAAACAGAUGUUUACUCUUUUGGUGUUGUUCUUUUAGAGCUAAUUACUGGAAUGAGAACCAUUGACAAAAGACUUGGAGGGAGAAGCCUUGUGGGUUGGGCAAGGCCACUAUUAAGAGAGAGGAAUUAUCCAGAUUUAAUUGAUGAAAGGAUUAAAGAAGAUUAUGAUAUCCAUAAACUAUUUUGGAUGGUUCGUUUAGCUGAGAAAUGUGUAAGCAAAGACCCUCAAAAACGACUCAGUAUGCUUGCGGUGGUUAAUGCUUUGAAUGGCAUAGUAGAAGGAAGUACAUGCAUCAAAAUAAAGGAAUAUUCCCCAGCAAGAUCAGACUCAUUCUACAGUGAUUCUGAAUCUGAUAAUGAUGAUGAAGAUGAAUUGCAUGGUUAUGAAUUUGAAGAAGGUGAGUUACAAACUCAACAAACAGAAGAAUCCACACCAAGUGACAAUAAUAAAACCACAAAUAAUCAAAUGUUGCAACUAAUUGUAAGACAUAAUAUAAGAGUAAAAUUUUGA